AUGGAGAGUCCCACAUCCGUAGCGAGAUCCAGGGCUAUAAGGAUACUGCACAACCACAGAUACGGUGGCUAUACAGCUCAACAAGCAGAGCAAGAAUGUCAAGUUGAAAGACAAGCUCUGCUGACAGAGUACUAUCAAAGAACGAGAGAGACCUCGAGAGACUGUACCGUCGACGAUCGUUUCAUCGGUAGACAAUCAACAGCCUUAGACAACACACCCCUCAACCGAAAACAGUUGGAUCGGAGCAAGAACACUCAUGGCGAUAAUCUCGCAACACACGUAUCCACAAACCGCGCACUAUUCUGCCGCCCAUCGGCACACAACGCAACAGAGAGCUAUGACCCGAUAACGUACGAGAUACAUCCCACAUUCCCAGAUUCCGAGAUACAGAUACCCAUGGAGUCGAUAUACAUUAGCCACGAGGCAACCGAACCGCCGCUUGACCACUAUUCAAGACAAGACGUCGACCUUGCUUUAGCAAGACUAGAGCAGCACAUGACCCACUACAUCGAUACUACACACGAAGAUCUAGCCAUUCGUCUCGACAGCAUCACUUCUAGCUGCGCCAACAUUGAGAAGAAAGUAGACAAGAUAGAUCCCACUACUUCGAAGCUCAACAAUGGGAACAAGAGAACAGCAGAUGAUGCAUUCGGAAACUUCAAUGGUGCAUGCAAAGAUCUAGGUGGUGCUGUGGGACGUCUCGACGAGGCGGUGGCCCGGCUGUCUGCAAGCACGGAUGCCCUUGCUGCGAGAUUCGGGGUCCCGAGGAAGAAGGACGAGGAAGCCGAUGUCUACGAGUGGGAGAAAGAUGAUUGUGUGGAAGAAUUCGCCUGA